AUGAAUCGAAGUUAUUCCCCAAUACUGAGACCUCUUUCAAAUAUAUCCAACAGAAAACUUACGUCCAUAAAUGUAUAAAACAAACAAAAUUAAAAUUCCUCAAAAUCUUUUGCUCAAAAUUCAGUUAUAUAUCCACAAUAAACUGCUCUUGCCAAAUCUACCAUUUAUGAAGUCAAGACUCUAAAAAACAAUAUCAUAACCCCUAAAAGUAGUAUUACUUCGUUCACUUCCACUCCCAGACUUAGUUUAAACAGCGAUGAUGAUAACAAAUCAAAAGAACUCAGAAAAACAUUCAAUAGUUAAUAAAACUCUAAAUUUUUACUCUUUAAAAUAAUUGUUUUUUUGAGUGUGAUUGCUUUUGCCCUUUUGCUUUACUAAAUACAAGCAAAUUUGUCUCUGUCAUCAAAAUCCAACACUUGCGUUUCUGUGGAAGUUCAGUAUGCUAAGGAGAAAAUUAUUGCUGAUAGCAUUUCGAAUUCCAUUAUUUCAGCCGUUGUGUAUGACCGCUAAAAAAUCAAUUUGUAGAAGGAAAAGGAUGAUGUAAAAUCAUUUUAUUAAGAUGAGUUCUCAUCUAAUUUAUGGAAAAUGGUUGUAGAAAAUGUGAAUAAGGAUUUAAGAAUAAGAUUAGAAAAAUAAGACAAAGAAGAAUUCUGGACUGUUUGAUUAAUUAGCUUUCAUAACAUUU